AUGAAGAUGAAAUUGUUUUCACUAAUAGCAGCUUCGUUAGUAUAUUUCAUAGCGAGUGCUUAUGGUGCCACUACUACUUUCACUUCGAAUACUGUUAUCACAGGAAAUGCAAAUUUUGCUUCUGGAACGCCUGUCGUCAUUGCAGAUGAUGUAUUCGUCGCUUAUGAUAACAAAAAUGGACCUAUUACAAAUAAUUAUCGUGACAAUGUUCAUAUCCUCGGUGAACUCUUCAUAGGAGACUCUGGUGUCCACACGGGAAUGUCAGUGUACUUCAAUAAAGACUUCAGGAAUGAUGGUAACCUUGUACUUGAUGCGAGCAACGAAACAUCGGCACCCAGUUUUUACUUCUUGGGUGAUAACUUCUUGAAUAAUGGUAAUAUCUUUAUGGUCAGAAUUGGAAAUACUGGUGGUGUGACUAUGAACGUUUGGAAUUCGGGCACUGUCGUCAAUAAUGGUAUUAUUAGUUACUAUCAUACUUUGAGUAGAAAUGGUGGUACAUCAUACCUCGGACGCUCUGGGAACGAUGUUACCAAUGAUGGUACGGUUUGUUUAUACAAAAUGAACAUGUAUCAGUCAUCUGAUGUGUCAGGAACGGGGUGCUACAGUGUUGGAGAAGAUUCGCUUCUCUUAUAUGAGAACCCUAACAGGAACCCCUUGGCGAGUACUCAAACCGUCUAUCUUGAGAAACCCAACUCCCAAAUAAGAAUUGGCCCUUAUAACAUGGCAAAUACCCUCAAGGUUGCGGGAUGGGGUGAUGGGAAUAUUAUCGGCUUCGAGAGUAGUGUCUCGUCAUUUGCAUACUCAGGCUCCAUAUUGACUGUUAUCGCUGGAGGUCGGACUUACAAGUUCGACAUUGGCCCUAACUACAAUCCAGCUUUGAUGUCAAUUGGUGGUGGAUUUUCAUCAGGUGGAUUUUACAUUACUGGUCACAUAAAAUACGCCGGAGCGCCUACUGAUACAUCAAGGCCCGCCGUUUGUGAUAUCUGCCCUCUGAUUCCAACAUUCCCAUCAAUUUCUUCUCAAUCCUCAUCAGCAUCAUCAUCUGUUUCACCAUCUACAGCGCACACAGAGAGCUCAUACCAAUCUUCUUCUGAGUCUGCAUUCUCUGAAUCUUCCUCUGAAAUUUCUUCUGAUACAACCUCUGAGUCUUCUUCGCAAGCAUCUGCUGAGUCCUCUUCUCAGGCUUCUGCUGAGUCCUCUUCGCAAGCAUCUGCUGAGUCUUCUUCUCAGGCUUCUGCUGAGUCUUCUUCUCAGGCUUCUGCUGAGUCCUCCUCGCAAGCAUCUGCUGAAUCAUCUUCUCAGGCUUCUGCUGAGUCCUCUUCGCAAGCAUCUGCUGAGUCCUCUUCGCUGGCUUCUGCUGAGUCCUCCUCGCAAGCAUUUGCCGAGUCUUCUUCGCAAGCAUCUGCUGAGUCCUCCUCGCAAGCAUCUGCUGAGUCCUCCUCGCAAGCAUCUGCUGAGUCCUCUUCGCAAGCAUUUGCUGAGUCUUCUUCUCAGGCAUCUGCUGAAUCGUCUUCUCAGGCAUCUACUGAAUCGUCUUCUCAGGCUUCUGCUGAGUCCUCUUCGCAAGCAUUUGCUGAGUCUUCUUCUCAGGCUUCUGCUGAGUCCUCCUCGCAAGCAUCUGCUGAGUCCUCUUCGCAAGCAUUUGCCGAGUCUUCUUCGCAAGCAUCUGCUGAGUCCUCCUCGCAAGCAUCUGCUGAGUCCUCCUCGCAAGCAUCUGCUGAGUCCUCUUCGCAAGCAUUUGCUGAGUCUUCUUCUCAGGCAUCUGCUGAAUCGUCUUCUCAGGCAUCUACUGAAUCGUCUUCUCAGGCUUCUGCUGAGUCCUCUUCGCAAGCAUUUGCUGAGUCUUCUUCUCAGGCUUCUGCUGAGUCUUCUUCGCAAGCAUCUGCUGAGUCCUCUUCGCAAGCAUUUGCUGAGUCUUCUUCUCAGGCAUCUGCUGAGUCCUCUUCGCUGGCUUCUGCUGAGUCUUCUUCUCAGGCUUCUGCUGAGUCCUCCUCGCAAGCAUCUGCUGAGUCCUUCUCGCAAGCAUCUGCUGAGUCCUCCUCGCAAGCAUCUGCUGAGUCUUCUUCUCAGGCUUCUGCUGAGUCCUCCUCGCAAGCAUCUGCUGAGUCUUCUUCUCAGGCUUCUGCUGAGUCUUCUUCUCAGGCUUCUGCUGAGUCCUCCUCGCAAGCAUCUGCUGAAUCAUCUUCUCAGGCUUCUGCUGAGUCCUCUUCGCAAGCAUUUGCUGAAUCAUCUUCUCAGGCUUCUGCUGAGUCCUCUUCGCUGGCUUCUGCUGAGUCCUCCUCGCAAGCAUCUGCUGAAUCAUCUUCGCAAGCAUCUGCUGAGUCCUCCUCGCAAGCAUCUGCUGAAUCAUCUUCUCAGGCUUCUGCUGAGUCCUCCUCGCAAGCAUCUGCUGAGUCUUCUUCUCAGGCAUCUGCUGAAUCGUCUUCUCAGGCAUCUACUGAAUCGUCUUCUCAGGCUUCUGCUGAGUCCUCUUCGCUGGCUUCUGCUGAGUCUUCUUCUCAGGCUUCUGCUGAGUCCUCCUCGCAAGCAUCUGCUGAGUCCUUCUCGCAAGCAUCUGCUGAGUCCUCUUCGCAAGCAUCUGCUGAGUCCUCUUCGCAAGCAUUUGCUGAAUCAUCUUCUCAGGCUUCUGCUGAGUCCUCCUCGCAAGCAUCUGCUGAAUCGUCUUCGCAAGCAUCUGCUGAGUCCUCCUCGCAAGCAUCUGCUGAGUCCUCUUCGCAAGCAUCUACUGAGUCCUCUACGCAAGCAUUUGCCGAGUCUUCUUCUCAGGCAUCUGCUGAAUCGUCUUCUCAGGCAUCUACUGAGUCCUCUGCGCUGGCUUCUGCUGAGUCUUCUUCUCAGGCUUCUGCUGAGUCUUCUUCUCAGGCUUCUGCUGAGUCCUCCUCGCAAGCAUCUGCUGAGUCUUCUUCUCAGGCUUCUGCUGAGUCGUCUUCGCAAGCAUCUGCUGAAUCCUCGGCAGAAUCUUCAUCACAGUCUUCGUCGGAAACUUCAUCACAGUCAUCUGCUGCAUCUUAUUCUCAGGCGUUCUCUGAAUCUUCGUCGCAAUCCUCUCUUCAGCCAUCAGCUGAGACCUCUUCUCAACCCUCCGUCGAGUCUUCUUCUCAGCCAUCCGCAGAGUCGUCUAACCAAGAACCUACCAAGGCAUCAGAUAUAUCCAACUAUGGAUCAUCCUCAGCAUACCUUCCAUUGACUACUUACACUACUACAUGGACGACCACUAACAGCGAUGGAUCAGUUGAGACCGAUUCCGGUAUUGUGAUUGUCAGUACUGAUUCUGCAGGCUCGCUCUUCACAACCACUUCCGAGUUCCCUAACAACUAUGGAUCAUCCUCAGCAUACCUUCCAUUGACUACUUACACUACUACGUGGACCACCACUAACAGCGAUGGAUCAGUUGAGACCGAUUCCGGUAUUGUGAUUGUCAGUACUGAUUCUGCAGGCUCACUCUUCACAACCACUUCCGAGUUCCCUAACAACUAUGGAUCAUCCUCAGCAUACCUUCCAUUGACUACUUACACCACUACGUGGACCACCACUAACAGCGAUGGAUCAGUUGAGACCGAUUCUGGUAUUGUGAUUGUCAGUACUGAUUCUGCAGGCUCGCUCUUCACAACCACUUCCGAGUUCCCUAACUUGACUACCUACACUACUACGUGGACCACCACUAACAGCGAUGGAUCAGUUGAGACCGAUUCUGGUAUUGUGAUUGUCAGUACUGAUUCUGCAGGCUCACUCUUCACAACCACUUCCGAGUUCCCUAACAACUAUGGAUCAUCCUCAGCAUACCUUCCAUUGACUACUUACACCACUACGUGGACCACCACUAACAGCGAUGGAUCAGUUGAGACCGAUUCCGGUAUUGUGAUUGUCAGUACUGAUUCUGCAGGCUCGCUCUUCACAACCACUUCCGAGUUCCCUAACUUGACUACCUACACUACUACAUGGACCACUACUAACAGCGAUGGAUCAGUUGAGACCGAUUCUGGUAUUGUGAUUGUCAGUACUGAUUCUGCAGGCUCGCUCUUCACAACCACUUCCGAGUUCCCUAACAACUAUGGAUCAUCCUCAGCAUACCUUCCAUUGACUACUUACACCACUACGUGGACCACCACUAACAGCGAUGGAUCCGUUGAAACCGAUUCUGGUAUUGUUAUUGUGAGUACUGAUUCUAAGGGUUCUUUCUUCACCACCACAUCAGAUGUCGGGGUAGUGAGUUCCUGCACCACUACAUGGAUUUCCACCAACAGUGAUGGAUUCGUUGAGACUGAUUCUGGUAUUGUCAUUGUUAGUACUGAUUCUAAGGGCUCUUUCUUCACCACCACAUCAGAGUUUGGAGUAGUGAGUUCUUACACCACUACAUGGACCUCCACCGACAGUGAUGGAUCCAUUGAGACUGAUUCUGGAGUCGUUAUUGUCAGCACGGAUGGGGAAUCUUCGUUGUUCCUGUCGACUUCAUUGUUUGUGUCUGGAGUUUCUGUUCUCACAACAACAUGGACGACAACGCUUGUUGCAAGUGUUACGACAACUGUAUGUGCAGAAAUAAUUGUCACGACUGAUGCGUCUGGUGACUUGUUUACUUAUACACUGUUUUCUGAUAACGGUGUGUCUACAGUCUACUCAACUCUUAAUGAAAGUGGAGAGUGGGAGACCUCCACUAUUGUUGUUAAGCCUACCAACAAUGCCGAUGGCAACAUUGUCUUAACUACUAUUGAAAAUGAAACAGACUCCACAGGGGCUGCGGUUUACAUGACGACUCGCGGAGAUGGAGUUGUUGAAACCAUCACUAGUUUGGUGACAAGUAUUGAUGUUACGAUGACUAACUUGCCAAAUUCAUCCAGCAGCACAUCAGUGCCAGCUCCUGUGGGAGCUGCGAGCGCUCAAAACACUUUACUUGAAGGAACAGGCUCUUCAAAUUCUUUAAGCUUCGGUGCAGUGAUUGUUCUUAUUGCAUUUGCAUUUGCAUGA